AAUUUUCAUUCAAGUAGCAGUCAGAAGCGUAGGUUCUGACUGCUUAUUUUGCUCCCGUAGGCGUGCCUUCAUUCGCGAUUACUGAAAAUGUUUUUUGUCAAGGCAAUAGUUGUGUUUUGUGCAGUUUUAGUAUUGUCUGUGUCGGAAAAUACUGUCAGAAAAAAUGUGUAUGAAAUGUAUGAACCACAAGUAUUGAAAUCUCCAAAAUUGCUUUUAAGUCAAGCAAAAGUUGCGAGGCAGCUGGAGAAAAAUAUCAAUAAUGCUGAUUCAUGCGAGAAUUUAAAAUGCGAAGACAACGGUGUUUGCGAAUGGAAUGAGGAAGAAAAAGAUGCCAUCUGUGUGUGCAGCAAUGGGUGGACCGGAACCUACUGCGAAAGAGAUCCAUGCGGGAAUCAAAAAUGUGGAAUCAACGGUUAUUGCUAUUGGAUCAAAGAAGUACAACAGCCACUUUGUGUGUGUACAAACGGUUGGACUGGAACGAACUGCGAAAACGAUCCAUGUAGUGGUUUAGAAUGCGCAGGAAACGGCUAUUGCAAAUGGAAUGAAGCGGAGAAGAAGCCUGAAUGUUUGUGUAAGAAUGGAUGGAGUGGAGACGACUGCGAAACAGAUAUGUGUGAUGAGAUCGACUGCGGACCGAAUAGAGUUUGUAUCUGGGAUGAGAAAUACAGAGAUGUAGGUUGUGAGUGCAGAGAUGGAUUUACAGGAGAAAAAUGCGAUAAUGGUCUUUGUGACAAUGUCGAUUGUGGACAGAAUGGAGACUGUAUUUAUGAUCACAACUACGGUGGAACAAAAUGUAAAUGCCGCAACGGAUUCAUUGGAGAAAAAUGCGAUGAAGCGCUCUGUAAACAAAGGAAUUGCAGUGGGCAUGGCUAUUGCUUGUGGAACCACUAUCUUCACGAAACAAAAUGCAUUUGCCUGGAUGGUUGGAACGGAUCGGAUUGUGAGAUUAGUCCCUGUGAGGGGAGGAACUGCAGUGGUCAUGGAUAUUGCUCUUGGGAUAAGUUUCUUAAGGCAACAAAAUGUGUUUGCGAAGACGGUUGGGGUGGUUCGGAUUGCCAAAUUAACCCCUGUCAGGGAAAAAACUGCAGCGGACAGGGUUACUGUACAUGGAAUAGUUCCAUUGAGAAACCACAGUGUGUUUGUCGAAACGGCUGGAGUGGAUCGGAUUGCCAAAUUAAUCCUUGCCAAGGGAGAAAUUGCAACGGACAGGGUUACUGUACAUGGAAUAGUUCCAUUGAGAAACCACAGUGUGUUUGUAGAAACGGCUGGAGUGGAUCGGAUUGCCAAAUUAAUCCCUGCCAAGGGAGAAAUUGUAGUGGGCGUGGCUACUGUGAGUGGAAUAGAACCAGUGAGGAACCACAAUGUGUUUGCCGAAACGGCUGGAGUGGAUCGGAUUGUCACCUCAAUCCCUGUUGGGGGAAGAAUUGCAGCGGUCACGGAGAUUGCAAGUGGAAUUCUUUAACCGAAGAGCACACAUGUGUGUGUAAAAACGGCUGGAUUGGAUUUGACUGUCAGAUUAGUCCUUGCCGAGGCAGGAAUUGCAGUGGCCAUGGAUUCUGUCAGUGGGAUUCUAUAUUCGAACAAGCUAAUUGUGUUUGCGAGGAUGGCUGGACUGGCUCACAAUGUGAUAUUAACGCUUGCCAAGGACGAGACUGUAGCAGAAAUGGAGUCUGUAUGUGGAAUCCUGCUCGAAAGGUUCAUCGGUGUCUGUGCGAAAAUGGUUGGACUGGAAAGGACUGUGAAUUACGAAUGACGGAUGAAAAACUGUCUCCUAGAUUGUGGAUGGUUGUGGUGUUGACGGCGAUGUGCACUUGCGCAUUUAUGCUCUGUAUUUGGCUGUUGACUUCAAUGCGACGCAACAAAAAGUUAGAAAGUGCAUUGUUUUCGUUCAAGCAUUGAACGAUAGAAUCACAGAGGGGAAAUAUUCCACUUUGAGCGCUCUGUCAACAGCAUUUAAAGACUUUGUACUGCAAGAUUACGCAUUUGUAUUUUAUUGUCAGAAUAAAGAGAAACUUUUU